AUGCUGGAUGCUAAAUCUGUCCAGACUCCUCUCGGUGCUCACCUGAAGCUUUCACACGAGCAGAGUCCACAAACUGAAACUGAUAAGCUUGAAAUGGCAGGGAUACCUUAUGCUAGUGCACUGGGAAGCCUAAUGUACUUGAUGGUUUGUUCAAGACCAGAUUUAGGUUUUGCUGUAAGCUUGGUUAGCAGGUUCAUGAGCAAUCCAGGAAGGACUCACUGGAUGGCUCUUAAAUGGAUUAUGAGAUACUUACAAGGAACCAAAUCAGUUGGAAUUGUUUUUAAGAAAAACCAUAGUUGUGAUGAGUAUGUUGAGGGGUUAAAUGAUGCAGAUUAUGCAGGGGAUUUAGACAAAAGAACGUCAACAUCUGGGGAAAUGAUUGAAAGAGGAGAAAUUGAGAUUGAGAAAAUUGAUGGAUCUCAUAAUCCUGCCGACAUGUUCACCAAAUCUGUCCCAUUUGAGAAGCACAGGCUCUAUAUGAGUCUGCUUCAAGUUCAAGAGUGA